UGCAAUUUGAAUUUUCGACCAAAACAUGAUCUACGUAUUCUGUUUUAUUUUGGCAUGUAUUCGUUGUCAUUAUGUAGCAGGCCAUGGAUACAUGCUAGAACCUCCCAAUAGAUCAUCACUGUGGCGAUUGUCUGAAUUUAAACCUAUAGCAGAACCAAAUUAUAAUGACAAUGCUCUGUUUUGUGGCGGUAAAUGGAAUCUUGCAUCGAAUGGUGGCAAAUGUGGUGUUUGUGGAGACCCGUAUCAAGGCCCAUACCAAAAUGAGGCCGGCGGGAUCUAUGCUAAGGGAAUUAUUGCCAGAACUUACAAAUCUGGGCAAGAUAUAUCCGUCAAAAUACAAAUUACAGCUAAUCAUCUCGGUUGGCAUGAGUUCAGACUUUGUGUUAAUAACAAUACUUCAAAGAAGAUAACUCACGAUUGUCUAGACAAACAUCUUCUAAAAACCAGUGAUACCGGUCUUACUAGGACAACAUUCUCUGCAAAUUCCGGAAUAAAAGAGUUGACUUUGAAACUACCCAAGGACCUCAUUUGUAGUCAGUGUGUUCUUCAAUGGAAAUGGCGAACCGCAAUCAAUCCUGGAAGUUUAGAGGAGGAAUAUUAUGGUUGUUCCGACAUAGCAAUUGAAAAGUCAGUCUUACCAACAUACUCAUCGUUGAGCACUAUAUUAAAAACGUCGAUCCGUCAACCUACAAAUACCCUUCCAGGGAACAUAGUUCAACAUAUUACAAGUAGCACCAUUUCAAGUGAUAGAAAAUGUAAAGCUAUUUUACCAGCAUGGGAAGGAAAUCCGUAUUUCGAUGACUGGUGUAAUAUUCAGUGUGGAAAAACUGACUGCAAAGAUCUCAGUAAAUUUUGUGUUUGUGAUUGAAUAACUUGCUCUUUUAAAUAUGCCGUCCAAAAUUUCUAUAAUUCACAUCGAUUUAUAAAUAAAUUAUUGUUCAAACA